GCUGCAUCUGAGCUGAUGGACUUGUUGUUGUUGUAGUUGUUGUUUUUGUUUAUUUUGCUGGGAGAGUUGUUGUGUUUGUGUGUUUAUCGGGUGGACUUCCUGCUGCUACUGCUGCUGUUGUUGUUGCUGUUGUUGUUUAUGUUUACUCGGCUGGUGUGAUGGGACUGUCCAGUUUACUGCUGUUUUACUCUCUAACACUGCUGACCGCUCACACCGUCCAGCUCAGAGAUGGACGGGAUAGACAGAUCAGCCAAGCGAGUGAGGACGGAGAGAGAGCACAGCAGAGAGAGAGACGGAGCGGAGGAGCGGACGGAGGAGUGAACGGAAUGGACAGAACGAGCGGAGGACUGAAAGUGUCGUCCAUCAGGACGUCCAGCGUGGCUUUGAUCGGAGACUCAGCUCACAGUCAGGCAAGAGUGCUGUGGGCAGGACACAACAACAGCGUGAUCCUGAUUCUCACCAAACUGUUUGACUUCAACCUCGGCACCGUCACGGAGAGCUCACUCUGGAGGUCGGUGGAUUAUGGGGCGACUUACGUGAAGAUUAACGACCGAGUCAUUACUAGAACCAUGCUCAGCUACAUGUACUUGUGUCCGACCAAUAAGAGGAAGGUGCUGAUUCUGUCUGAUCCAGAUGUUGAGAGCAGUUUAUUGAUCAGUUCGGAUGAAGGAGCCACUUUUCAGAAGUUCAGUAUUAACUUUUACAUCAUGAGCCUGUUAUUUCACCCAACACAGGAGAACUGGAUACUAGCCUACAGCGACGACCAGAAGCUGUACAGCUCCAUUGACUUUGGGAGAAAGUGGAUUCUGGUGCAUGAGAGAGUUACACCGGGUCGAUUCUACUGGGCUCUGAGUGGGCUGGAUAAGGACGCAGACCUGGUUCACAUCGAGGCUCAAACUCACUCUGGACUAAUGCAGUAUGUAACGUGUCGAGCUCAGAGAUGUUCUGAGGGGAACAGGCAGUACCCCUUCAGCAGCAGGAUUGAUACCAACUCUCUGGUGGUGCAGGACGAAUACAUCUUCCUACAGUUGACCAAAGCAGGUCGGACCACCUAUUUUGUGUCAUUUCAACGAGGACCCUUCAAACACAUCCAGCUACCCAAAUACUGCCUCCCUAAAGACAUGCACAUUAUCAGUACAGAUGAUGGUCAGGUUUUGGCGGCGGUUCAAGAGUGGAACGAGAACAACACGUACAGCCUCUACAUCUCCGACGCUCCCGGAGUUUACUUCACCCGCUCACUGCCCAACCUGCGCACGAGCCGCGGAGCUGCCGGAAACCUCAUCGUUGAUGUCUACAAGGUGGGCGGAGUGAAUGGGAUGCUGAUAGCCAAUAAGAAGGAGGAUAAUCAGAUGAAAACGUAUGUAACCUACAACAAGGGACAGACGUGGAGUUUACUGCCUGCACCAGCCAAAGAUGCCUCUGGACAGGACAUCAGCUGCAGCCUGCCGUCCUGCUCCCUCCACCUUCACCUGCAGAUGUCUGAGAACCCCUACACACCUGAUACCAUCCUAACCAAACACACUGCGCCAGGACUCAUCAUCGCCAGAGGUAACGUUGGACCCGAGCUGUCCUUCACACACUCCGGCAUGUUCAUCUCCUCCGAUGCAGGAAACACCUGGAGACAGGUGUUUGAAGAUGAACACAGUGUGUGGUUUCUGGAUCAUGGAGGAGCUCUGAUGGCUGUAACGCAGGCUUCAGUACCAACACAGCACUUAUGGGUCAGUAUGGAUGAAGGACGACACUGGGACAGGUUCAGUUUUUCCUCCACUCCUCUGUUUGUGGAUGGAGUUCUGAUGGAACCACACACACAGAAUUACAUCAUCACAUUUUUUGGACACUUCAGCUAUCUGUCUGAUUGGCAGCUGGUGAAGAUUGAUUACAGCACUUUAUUCAGCAGAAAGUGCACUGAAGGAGACUAUCAGACGUGGCAUCUACACAGCAAGGGGGAGGUGUGUGUGAUGGGUCAGAGGCAGGUAUUUAUGAAGAGGAAGCCAGGUGUGCAGUGUGCCAUCGGACCAGACAGCCCCAGAGUGAUUUCAGCUGAAUCCUGCAUCUGCACAUUCUACGACUUCGAGUGUGAUUAUGGCUUUGAGAGGCAGGUAAGCGGGAAGUGUGUACCAGCGUUCUGGUACGACACACACACACCUGCACACACCUGCAGCCAAGGACACGUCUACCUCAAGACCAUCGGGUAUAGGAGAGUGCACUCUAAUAACUGUGAUGAGGGUCUGGAGGAGGCUCUGAGCCCCCGACAGCAGCAGUGUGAGGAAACUCCGCCCAGCGGCCUGCAGCUCCAAACCAGCAACACACUGCUAACAGCUAAUGUAGGCACCAACGUUACCUUCAGAGUCACUCUACAGCAUGGUGACUCUAUGUCCACAAGUCUGCAUUUGGAUUUCGGAGAUGGAAUAUCAGUAUCAUACUCCAACUUCAGUCGCCUUGGCAACGGCAUUAAACAUGUAUACAGAACAGCUGGGAUAUUCAGAGUUACUGCACAUGCUCAGAACAGCCAGGGCUCAGACUUCGCCUCCCUCUAUCUGCAUAUCACAAGUCCUGUAGAGCGAAUCACCCUCUCAGCACCAUUGGUGGCCAUCAAAGGUCGCCAGACUAACCUGACAGCAGUGGUGUGGCCCAGCCAGCCUGUAACGGCUGCCUUCUACUGGUGGUUCAGCAACAGCACUGAGCCGCUGAUCACACUGGAGGGAAGUGUAUCACACACAUUUGUGCAGGAGGACAGGCAUCUGGUGGUGGUUCAGGUUUCAGCAGGAAGCUCCGUACUGCAAGACUCUGAAACCAUCACCGUUACAGACUUCUUCCGCUCUUUGUUGCUGUCGUUUUCUCCAAACCUGGAGGAGCACAACCCCUCCGUCGCCGAGUGGAGGCAGGACGUGGGGCGCGUUGUCACGGCAACGCUCUCUCAGGUAUGUGUGUUUCCAGAGGAGCGUUUGUUGGUGUCUGUGUUUCCUGGAUCUCCGACUGCAGCUGAACUCUUCAUCCUCCCUGAGAAAAACUACAGCAAACCCAGAGCAGAGGAACAACUCGACAAAAUGCUGGAGGUGUUCAUUAACGCUCUGAACCAGAACCUGAUCCAGUUUGAUCUGAAGCCGGACACUCGGAUCACUGUUUCUGUCACUCAGCUCACUCUGGCUCCAUUGGUGGACUCCAGUGCACUCCCCAGUGGCUCUGCGGCGCUGAUGCUGGUGUCUCUGGCCUUCGUGGGUUUGGCCGUGUUCUUCAUCUACAAAUUCAAACGUAAGAUUCCGUGGAUUCAUGUUCAGACGGAGGACACACACGAGAAGGAGCCGGAGAUGAUCAGUGCCGUCGGACCAGGACAGAACACCACACACACUCCAUACACACCACGCAACCCCACACACACUCCAUACACACCACGCAACACCGCACACAUCCCCUUCACCACCCGCAUCAGCACACACACUCCGCUCCCAUCAUGCCCUGCAGCACACAGCCAGGCUCCGCCCCCCCGAAACAGCCGGGACAUGAUGGAGGAGCUGGAGACCCCAAAUGGAGGAGCUGCAGGUUUUGGUGAGAGACUGAGGAACAGAGAGAUUCCGAACUGCACCAACGUCUGAAACCAACCUAACCUACCAAAAAACACUCUGAGUCUUUCUCGCUGAUCAAUCUUCAGUCAAGUCUUUAUAUACGUUCAGCAGAAUGUAUCUCCAAACACAUUUAUUUAAACUGUAAAUAAAGUUUUAAUCUGUGGAAAGUGACAGAAUGGAGUUUGCAUUAGAAAUAAAGUCCAGUAGUUCUUAUAGAUCACAAAAGAAGCGUGUUUAUCUGUUUGACCACAUUAGGUAUGAGAUCUUUAAUUGGUACACAGUGUAGCUCAUUUCAUUUUAUAAAAAUGAUUUAAACUCCUCUGCAUGAGAACUGACAGGUAU